AUGAUAAGUAUUCAUGUUCAGAUUCUUCUAAUAAUGCUUUUUUGGAAUUCUGAUUGUCAGAUUAUUCCCAGGAUUGAAGAAUGUGGACUUUCAUGUUCUCAGGGGAUUCAUUGUAAAAGCAAACCUUCCAGUGGAAUUUUUAACAGCUUCUGUCAUAAUGCUCCUGCAUCUUUAUCUUCUGUGGUACUGAAAAGCAUGAAGAUCUCAACAGUGAUGAAAUGUGUCCAAGGAAGCCCAUGCUCUCUUCAUUUAAACGUUAAAGGAACUCUGAGUCUGGACGAAAAUAUCCGUGGGCUGGAAAUAUGUUCUUUUUCACUGGACACACAGCAAUCUCAAUGCAUAAAUGUGAGAUUUGCUAGGAAAAAAAGCAAGAUGCUUAAUGGAAAGAAGGUACAGGUGCAAUUCAAUUGCAUUGAAGUCAAUGUAGCACAACACAUCUAUGUGACCAUGAAAACAGUACCAAAUUACUGUGAAGUCAAGCUGAGUCAGGAAUACUACGUUGAAGAUUGCAGAAACAGUGAUGUGGGAAAAUAUAUUCCAGCUUGUUCAGCUGGAAAGUUUGAUUAUAAUGUAGAUAAAGCAAGGAAAAUUAUAUCAGUGAAUGUAUCCAACUUCCUUCGAGAUCAAGAUUAUUACGUUCGCCUGUGCCACAAAUGGUUUACCUGUGAAGACGUGGGAGCAUUCGCUGUGGUAAAAGGAAAGGAAUCUGUAAAAUCAGUUUCUCUGAAAUACUCUCAGCUGCUCCCUUGUCUCUGCAUUGAGGGUUGGCUGGCAAUUCCAGAUGCAAGGAGGAUACAACUUUGCCCCUUUGAAAAUGAUACGAAGGAGCUAUGGGAUAACAUUGUUUAUAACCCAGCGACACAAACCCUUGCUUGGGAGCCGGCCUGUCCUGUGCUUGUCACGGUUAACCUAUGCAGGUUAAUGAAGUCUAACCACCACUGUGAAGAUAUACAAAACUCUUCCAAAAAUUCUGCUGAGAAAGUUAAAUAUUCUCGUGUGGACACUCACCCGAGACUUUGCAUGAAGUUUAUGACCAAGCAAGGCUCUUGGGUUAAAUGUCCAUUUGCUCAUGGAGAAUUUCCAGCUUGGAAAAUGAGAACUGCUGCAGCUGCAGAACAAAUACAAGUUUUCUUCACAUCCCAAACCAAGGCACAAUUCUCAGUGUUUGUGUGCAACAGGACGCAGCUGGCCUCAUGUGAAUCUGUUGGGAUGCACCAUUCAGUCUCUGUGGGCUGGAGGACAGAUGUAGAUUAUUCAGUUCCGCUGCAGAUCUGUGAUAUCCACUGUGGUUUUCGUGAUCAGACAUACAGUGAUGGAAACCCAGCAAAGGCCAUGACACACAGAAUGAAGAGUGUGCAUUCCUUGCAUUGA